AUGUCGAUGCCUACCAACAUAACGUGGCUGACCAUAUGCCUUGCUGGUGUCGGAGUGUAUCUAGUAAAGCAGGCGUUCUCCAAGAAGAAUCCUGCACCAUAUCCACCUGGUCCCCCGGGGUGGCCUCUCAUUGGGAAUAUUCUAGAUAUGCCUCACAUCAAGCCCUCAUUCAACUUCGCUGAGUGGGGCAAGAAGUAUGGUGAUAUAUCGCACAUCGAGGUUCUGGGCCAGCACAUCAUUGUGCUGAAUUCUAUCAAGACUGCGAUGGAAAUGAUGGACGGGAAGAGCUCUGUGUAUUCCGACCGUCCUAUUCUGCCUAUGGAUGGCGAACUAUGUGGCUGGAAGCACACUUUGGGUUUUCUCCCUUACGGUGACCGCCUCCGCUUGUCCCGCAAAAACAUCCACCGCGUCAUUGGCAGUCACGCCGCCUUGAAUAUCUACCACCCGAUCGAGGAAGUUGAAACCCACCGAUUCCUGAAGCGCGUACUUGGGAAUCCCGACCAAUUACAGGCACACAUUCGACACACCACUGGUGCCGUCAUUCUGCGAAUAUUUUAUGGUUAUGAAGCCAAAGUCCCGGAGUGGUUCUCUGGUGCUGGCUUCAAGCGCAUUGCCCGUGAAUCGCGCGAGACCCUCGAAGAGAUGGCUGGUGCACCAUACAAGUUCGUCGAGGAUCAGAUGGCCGCUGGUAUCGCCCCCAAGUCUUUCACCUCAGAUUUGUUGGAAGGUCGUCCUUUGUCCGCAGAAGAAACACUGUGUAAAAUGAGUAACACCCGUUUCCGUAGACAGGUUUCUACAAUUAACACGCUUUUCCUAGCCAUGACAAUUUCCCCUGAUGUGCAGAAGAAGGCUCAGGUUGAAAUAGAUGCCGUCGUUGGUCCUGAUCGUCUUCCCUCCUUCGCCGACCGCGACUCUCUCCCCUAUAUUGAGGCGCUUGUGAAAGAAGUCCUACGUUGGAAUGCUGUCGCCCCUAAUGGUGGCCCCCGCCGUGUCACUGAGGACGAUAUCCACGACGGGUACUACAUUCCAAAAGGCUCAUUGGUAAUGCCCAACGUUUGGUUCAUGCUCAAUGACCCACGGACUUAUGCUAACCCUUCUACGAUCUGCUUCGGCUUCGGCAGACGUAUCUGCCCAGGUCUUCUCCUCGCUGACGCGUCUGUCUGGAUAUCCACCGUGAUGUCACUCGCCGUGUUUGAUAUUUCCAAGGUCAUCGAGAACGGUGUUGAGAUCACCCCUGAAAUUGACUUCUCAUCAGGUGCAAUCAGCCAUCCUAAGCCCGUCAAGUGCUCUAUUAAGGCUCGCUCUGCACAAGCCCUUCAGCUCAUUCAGCAGGAUAUUAACUACUAA